GGCGCUUCUGUCAAGGUGUUGGAGGAUAGGUUUCGGAAGGAGCUGCAGAGCCUGAGGGGGAAGCUGAUCGAGAGGGAGAUUGAGGCUGGCAGCUUUCAGGCGCGUGAGACCACCCUGCACAGCGACCUCAAGUCCAAGUCUGAGCUCGCGGCGUCGCUCAAGGAGGAGAUUCGCAACCUGAAGGACGAGGUGGACAUCCUGAAGAAGAGGCUGCAGGGCAAGGAUGAGGAGGCGGCACAACUCCACAGUCAGCUUGAGGACCGUGAGGCCGUGCUGUCGGGGAGCAGCCAGCAAACCGAGGAACUGCGGGCCAAGUGUGCCAACUACAUGGAGAGCAUCCAGGCCAUGGAGGCACAGGUGUCAGAGUUGAGCCAGAAGUACACGGCUACUCAGUCCGAGCUGGAGGGCUUCAAGGAGCAAGUACCGUCACUGCAGACCAGGCUAAAGGAGGCCGAGGAACACAAGAACAAGCUUACCAGGGACUUGAGUGAGAAGACAGGUGAACUGGAGAGUCUACGCGAGAAGGUGAACGACGCCUCAAAGGAAGAGAGUGAGGUGCUGCAGAAGAAGACGGAGCAGGUGGAGGAGCUGAGGAAGAGUCUGAGGGAGGUGGAGCACGCACGGAACACGGCAGAGAGCGCCCUCGCCUCCAAGAACGAGACCAUUGAACAGCUCAACAACAAGCUCACCAACUCCGGCAACUCCCUCAAGGACACAGCUGCCAAGAUUGCCGCCCUGGAGACUGGUUUGAGGGAGAAGGACAAGGUGGCGGAUGGCCUGAAGAGGCAGCUGAAGGAUAUGGAGGCCCUCAAGACAGAGCUGGUCAAGGAGAAGGCGCUGGUGAAGGACAGGGACACGGAGAUUCAGAGCCUCAAGGGGAAGGUGACGGAGAUGGAGAGCAAGAGAAUAGAGGGUGAGAGGGCUUUGCAGGAUACCAAGGAGGCUCUUGCCGGCACCAGGACAUCCCAGGAGGCUCUCAGGAUCGAGCUGGAGACAGUGAAGGACUUGCUGAAGAAGAAAUCCCACAGUGCUGAGGAGUUACAGACGAAACUUGAACUGGAGGUCACGGAGAAGAAGGACUUGAAAACGAAACUCACCAAUGCACUCCUUGCAGCGGAGAGCACCAAGGACGAGGUGGAGAAGCUGAAGACCCAAAACAGUACCCUGGAGACGGAGCUCAAGGCCAACCAAGCCAAGAAUACCAGCCUGGAUGCCGAGCUGAAGCGUCUUGCCACAGAGAAGAGUCAGUUACAGGAGUCCCUGAGUGCACUGGAGGCUGCCAAGACCCAGGCGGAGGCAGCAGCUAAGGAACAGGAGGCCCGGAGCAGUGAGGAGCUGGUGGCGCUGAAGGGGAGGUGUGAGGGGCUGGAGAAGGAGAAGAAGGCGUUUGAGCAAAAAGUGGCAACCGUCACGUCAGAGAAGGAGUCCAUCGAGAAGUCCAGAGACCUGACGGCGCAUGAACUGAAGACUGCCAAGGGGGAUCUGCAGGAGGCGAAGGCCCGGUGCAAGGAGCUGGGGGGACAGGUCAUCAGCUUCCAGAAAGACACAUUCACCCUCACCCAGGAGAAAGCCAAGCUGGAGGAGGACAAGAGGGACCUCCAGGACAAGCUCAGUGACGAGGUGUCCAUGCGCGAGGCCUUGACGGGGCAGCACGCGGCUCAGUUGGCGGCAGAACGGCAGGAGCGUGAUGAGGCCCAGACAAGGCUACAGACACUGGAGGAGAUGCUCGCCCGGACGCAGCAGGAGCACGACCAGCUCACCAAGGCGCAGCUGGAGGAGAUCACUAGCUUGACGCAGCAGCUCGAGGUUCAGCAGGAGAAGGCUGUGGAGGCGGAGGGCCGCGUGGCCACCCUGGAGGCUGAGGUGACGGGCCUGGCCGGGGACAAGCUGGAGCUGCAGAUGCGGGUGGAUGCAUCAGCAGAGGAGCAGCAGGGGUUGGUGGAGCGCUGUCUGGCUGCUGAGUCCGAGGUGGAGCGGCUACAGGGACAAUUGACACAGCUGAGGCGCAAACUGGACGACUCUGUGGCUGCCCUGCAUGAGCUUGGGCGCGAGAACCAGAACCUGCAGAUGGAGACGAGGAAGCUGUCUGAGCGCAAGUGGGCUGAUGACUCUGAGGUGGUGAGUUGCAACAGUUGUUCUAAAGGGUUCUCAGUGACGGUGCGGCGCCACCACUGCCGAAAUUGUGGACAGAUAUUCUGCCACGACUGCUCCAGCAAACAAGCGCCGCUGGAGGCCAACAAGAAGUCUGUGAGGGUCUGUGAUAGCUGCUACGGCGAACUGACAGCCAAGUUGUAGAGGUGGUUGUAAAUACGUCUCCUGGUUGAUUGCAUUUCUUGGCUGU